AUGUUAAAACACGGACGUGCCGGAGUGCCCAUGGAAGUUAUGGGUCUCAUGUUAGGAGAAUUUGUUGAUGACUACACCGUACGUGUUAUUGACGUAUUUGCGAUGCCACAAACUGGUACUGGUGUGUCAGUAGAAGCUGUUGAUCCUGUGUUCCAAGCUAAAAUGCUGGAUAUGUUAAAACAAACAGGCCGGCCAGAAAUGGUUGUGGGAUGGUAUCAUUCUCAUCCUGGCUUUGGCUGUUGGUUAUCUGGUGUGGAUAUUAACACUCAGCAGUCAUUUGAAGCAUUAUCAGAACGCGCUGUGGCUGUUGUCGUCGACCCUAUUCAGUCUGUGAAAGGCAAAGUUGUCAUUGAUGCAUUCCGCCUCAUCAAUCCAAACAUGAUGGUACUCGGACAGGAACCAAGACAGACAACUUCCAAUUUGGGACACUUACAAAAACCAUCAGUUCAAGCAUUGAUACAUGGUCUCAACCGUCACUAUUACUCUAUAAGCAUCAACUACAGGAAAAAUGAAUUAGAACAAAAGAUGUUACUUAAUCUUCACAAGAAAUCAUGGAUGGAUGGACUUACUUUGGCUGACUAUAAGGAGCAUUGUGCAAUCAAUGAAACCACAGUCACUGAUAUGCUUGAACUAGCCAAAAACUACAACAAAGCUUUGGAAGAUGAAGAGAAAAUGACUCCUGAACAGUUAGCCAUUAAGAAUGUUGGUAAACAAGACCCCAAGAGGCACUUGGAAGAAAAGGUUGAUGUGCUUAUGGCAAAUAAUAUUGUUCAGUCCUUGGGUGCGAUGCUUGAUACCAUGGUGUUCAAAUGA